AUGUCAAUGGACUUCCCAUAUAUCGGCUCGCUGACCGUCUACCUGACCGCAGGCUUAAUCCUCGUCUAUUACGCAAAUCAGGUUUCUCGAGCUUGGCGCAAGAAUCCGACCACCUUGCCCUAUCCACCAGGGCCUCGACCGCUGCCCAUCAUUGGCAAUAUUCGACAAAUUCCUACAACUUUUCCGUGGCUCACUUACCGAGAAUGGGGUCGUCAAUACGGACCGAUGAUUCAUUUUCGAGCGUACAAUGACCACCUUAUAAUCGUCAACUCUGCAAAGAUCGCUGACGACCUCUUCGAGAAGCGGUCCCGAAUAUAUAGCGAUCGCCCUGACUAUCCGAUGCUUAAUUUAAUGGGUUGGGAAUUCAAUUUUGCAUUCAUGAGAUAUGGCGACAACUGGAGGCAACACCGACGACUAAUGCACCAAUUUCUGCGCCUCGCAGCCGUGCCCGCAUACCACCCUGUUCAAGUGAAGAAAUCACAUGAUUUGCUUCGUAUUUUUCUCUCUCAUCCGAAGGACUUCUAUGUCCACCUUCAAACUUAUGCUGCCGCAAUCAUCAUGGCGACUGUGUAUGGUUAUGACAUUGCGCCGGUCGGAGAUCCUUUCGUGUCCUUGGCCCAAGAUGCGAUGCACCGGAUGGGACAGGGCACUAUCCCUGCUGCUAUUCCAGUCAAUAUGUUCCCUUGGCUCCGCCACUUCCCUGGAUGGCUUCCCGGCUUUGGAUUUCAACAAUUCUGUGCUGACACCCGGUUGAUCACAGCAAAGAUGCGAGACGAGCCGUACGAAUUUGCCAAAAAACAGCUGAUUGAGGAGCAUGACUCGACGUCUAUGGUUGCGAAGAUGAUUGAAUCCGGCAAGACGGAAGUCCAACUACAGAAAGAUGUUGCUGGUCUUGCGUAUGGUGCGGGUGCGGAUACGACCUUCGCAACAAUGGCCUCUUUCGUCCUGCUGAUGGCCACGCAUCCCGAGGUCCAAAAGAAAGCACAAGCAGAGAUCGACGCUGUUCUCGGUUCUCACAGAUUACCGGAAUUCUCGGAUAAAGCACAACUCCCAUAUGUCGAGGCUCUUUGUCGGGAAGUGCUGCGCUGGAUGCCGUUGGUGCCCUUGAGCCCCAGUCGUAAGACAACGGAGGACGAUAUCUACGAAGGUUAUUUCAUACCCAAAGGAACUUCGAUUGUUCCCAACCUCUGGGCCAUGUGCCAAGACGAGGCUAUCUACCCGGAACCUGAAAAGUUCAAGCCAGAAAGAUUUCUCACAGAGGACGGAAGAGUCACUACCGACCCUCUACUGAACCCUCUCGCAUUUGGACAUGGUCGUCGUUCCUGUGUUGGCCGCCACCUAGCAGAAGACUCCGUCUGGAUUGCGAUGGCAUCUCUUCUCACCGUAUACAACUUUGGCAAAGCCAAGGAUGCCUCUGGCAAUGAAAUCGAAAUCCCUUUUCAGUUCUCUGAUGGCUUGAUCAUUCACUCCGAGCCAUUCGAGUGCUCCAUUACUCCGCGCUCAGAAAUAGCGAUAGCAUUGAUUGAAGGCACAGCCGAAAAGAAUGGUUGA